UCCACUGCAACUCCAUCAUUACCAUACACCUCACCAGGUAGACAGAGAACUUUAACUGAGGACUAUAAUACUGUAAAGAAGUAAGAUGGCUACUGCAGCAUAAUAUUAGAACAAGGAAGCCAGCAGGUAAAUGGUUGUAGGAUGUCCGAACCAAGGCAGCGCUCCCUGUCCACCUCGGGAGAGUCUCUGUAUCAAGUUCUGGGGCUAGAGAAAGGCUGUAACCAAGAUGACAUCAAGAAGUCCUACAGAAAAUUAGCUCUGAGAUACCACCCGGACAAGAACCCUGACAACCCAGAGACGGCAGAGAAAUUCAAGGAGCUCAAUAGCGCAAAUUCCAUUCUGUCAGACAUCACAAAGAGAAACAUCUAUGACAGCUACGGCUCCCUUGGCCUUUACGUGGCCCAGCAGUUCGGAGAGGAGAAUGUCAACACUUACUUCAUGCUCUCUACCUGGUGGGCUAAGGGUCUCUUUGCCCUGUGUGGCGUGAUAACGGGGUGCUACUGCUGCUUCUGCCUGUGCUGCUGCUGUAACUGCUGCUGUGGGAAGCUGAAGCCCAUGCCUCCUGGAGAGGGAACAGACAGCUAUGUCUCCCCUGAAGACCUGGAGGAGGAGAUCCAAUACGACAUGGAGAGUGAUGUGGACACUCCGGUUGUGCACCAGCCAACUAAUGCCAGUGAGAAGACACGGUUGAUUGGGGAUGGGCACCGAAGCUACACCUGAACCUGGAUGUCUAUAAACAGUAGCGGCACUAGACUACAUAAACACUACACAGCCUAUUUCUAUGUCAAUGGCUGUUCCCACACUCAAACCCAACUGCAUUGUCUGAAAAUCACUGCUUUUGGUUGUCUUUAUUCACUUUUCUUGAUUUCAGUUUUGGGGUUUUCAUUGAAUGUAGUUGAUGUCAUUGAUCCCCUGUAAAACCAAUCCAUCAUCUCCCAUUCACUGAACUAAACACUCUGGAGGGCAUUGGUUUACUUGUCACCUACAGUAGACUGCAGACAGCUCAGUGUGGAAAGAUGACGUGUCCGUAUAAAAUACAACUAAUGUAUUUUGUCAAAAUUAAAUGUAUGAUUUUAUCUAUCUAUAC